AUGGACUCUAUACUACAACAAUUAACCCAGGCCACCACCAAAACACAGGCACACCAGUUGGUUUCCGCGGCGAUCAGCGAUCCUAGAGUGGUGGGGUUCCAGGAGCUUUUCAGCAGUCCAUUGUUGCACGAUCUCCUCGAGUCAGAGCCCAACUCCGAAGACUCAAAGUACUGCAACACCUUGGAAGUGUUCACAUUUGGGGUUUUUGACGACUAUAUGGAACACCGCGAGCUGCUCAUCGAGUUACUGGUGCCGCAGGUCGUGAAGCUUCGCGUCCUCACGCUUCUCUCGGCGUGUGUCUCUAAAACACAAAUCUCAUAUGACGAAUUGACAUCGCUACUUCACGUGGACACGGUAGCCGAAGCCGAGAGUAUCAUAAUAACGGCAAUACAGAAUCAACAUAUUGAUGCCGAGCUAUACAGUGCGGAACAGCACGUCCAAAUUCGCGCUUUUGCGGGCAGAGACGUGAUUCUUCCUCAGCAAUCGUUGCGGAUAGUUGACGCGGAAAAGAAUUCUGUGGCCAGGUUGGAAGACUUGGCGCUGAUUUUAGACAACUGGAGUAGUGUGAACGUGCUGAAGACAAGUGGCUUGGUAGCAGACACCGAGGCUUUGUUGAACGGGAACCAGGAGAGGGUGUAA